AUGGAAUAUGCGUUGAUCAAGAAGAAAAAAGAGAUUCGAGAUUCAGCUGCAUCAUCUGAUCCGGAUGUGUGUAGUCCGGCAGAUUGUGAUUGGAUGUUAUAUCUAUGCAAGGUUCAUUGGACGAAGAGUAUGAGGGUUAGGAGGUAUAUUUGGAGCGUUUGCGAAGAAGUCAAGAGGGUGUAUGAUAAGAAGAUGAAGGAAACGGAUGGGUGUGGAUUUUAUAAGUUAUCGGAAGAAGGCAUGAAACCGACUGAGAAGAGGAUGGCCUUGGAGGCCAUGGCGCAACAGAUGUUUAUGAUGAAGCAGGUCACGCGACCUAUGAAGAAAGGGCCAAAAUCAGCGAAAUAG